UACUAAGCUGAAGGACGAUUUGAGCGAAGCUGUCAAGCAGGCCAAUCACAAAAGUGUCAAAGUGGAGCUUAAAUACCAGGAUGAAUCAACUCCUGACCCCAAGGUUCAACUUGUGGGCUAUACUCCUGAAGUCAGUGAGCUGAAGAACAUUGUGCUGGAAUACAAAAGAAAUCAUCAGAUCCAUCAUGUCUCCCUGCCUCUUCCCAGUCCAGAGAUGGCAGAGCACUUCUCUGAGAUCUUGGCAAUUGGCGGCAUGAAGAAGAGCAGUGUGGAAAUAAAGCCAACAAGUUCACCUUCACCAUGUGUCCACCUCACGGGACCUCGCUGUGAAGUUGAGACCUUGAAGGACAGCCUUGAGUCAUGUCUUCAGUGUCUUGUCACUAAACGAUGUGAGGUGAAAGGACCUGGAGUUCAACAGUUAUUUCACAGUGAAGGUGCAAGGAUCUUCCAAAUGGUGAAGAACUCUUAUAUGGUUGGGAUACUGCCUAUUGACAAUAAGCAGAAAAGAGGUAAAGUACCCAAAUACAUGAGCAGUCUCAGUCUACCAUUUACAUCUGCAUCUACCCAAGACUCUCUGGACUCUGACAAAGCGAUAGACAUUAACGUUGUGGUUGGUAGUCUUGAACAACAGCAUGCAGAUGUGUUUGUUGCUCCGAUGAUCCAAACAAACAUGACCUCAACCUUGAUUGGAUCAUCCCUGUUGAAUAAAGCAGGACAGCAGCUUCAAAAUAACUUCAACAAUGCAAAGGGAAAGAACAAGCUUAAGCCUGGAGAAGUCCUGGAGGUGGACGCGACACCGGCGUUGGGAUGCUCCAAGGUUUUCUUUGUGGAAUGUGCGCCGAAAGGAAACAAGCACAAUAGCGAAAAGGCGCUUCGCUCUGGACUUCGCAGAGUUUUUGAGCUGUGUAAGCAGAACUCUUGGGGAUCUGUUACAUUGCCAGUAAUCGGACCCGGCAUAGUGCUGUCAGUACCGGUCAAAGACUCUGUUUAUAUUCUUACUCAUGAAAUCUGUGAAUUUGUAUCUGGACCCACUGGUUGUCUGGGCACCAUUUGUAUCGCAAUAAUGGCUAAUUAUGCUCAUUCUGAAGAGAUGUUCCAGACAGUCUGUGGGAAUCUGAGUGCAAAGAUGGUGGACAAUACAGGGAAAGAAUGCGUCUAA